AUGCUUUCCAAACUCCUCCGCCCUGCUCGGUCCCUCCCAUCCCGCGCAAUCUAUGCCCGGUCCUUCUCCACCUCGCCGAUCGCUCGUGGCGUACAAGAAAUCACUCGCCCCGCGAUCGACACGCCACUCAGUCUGUGGAACUUUACCGAGGAGGAGAACAUGAUCCGAGAGACCGUGGCCAAGUUUGCCCAGGAUGUCAUCGCACCCAGAAUGCGCGACAUGGACGAGCGGGAAGAAAUGGACCCAGAAAUCAUCAAAGGCUUGUUUGACAAUGGUUUCAUGGGGAUCGAAACCCCCACCGAGCUUGACGGCGCUGGAUGCUCCUUCACCAGCGCCAUUAUCGCCGUGGAAGAACUCGCCAAGGUCGACGCGUCCGUCGCUGUCCUCUGCGAUGUCCACAACACCCUCGUCAACACAGUCCUGCGCUUGUACGGUAGCGAAGCCAUUCAGCAAAAGUGGCUUCCCGGUUUGGCCACCAACACUGUCGGAAGUUUCUGCCUCAGCGAGCCGAACGCUGGAAGUGACGCGUUUGGCCUCCAAACCACAGCCAAGAAAGACUCGGAUGGUGGCUACAUUCUCAACGGCAGCAAAUCGUGGAUCUCCAACUCUGCCGAAGCCGACACCUUUUUGGUAUUUGCCAAUGUCGACCCCUCCAAAGGCUACAAGGGUAUCACCUGCUUCGUCAUGUCCAAAGACAUGGGCGUGCAAAUCGCAAAGCGAGAGAAAAAGCUCGGUAUCCGCUCCUCAUCCACCUGUGUCCUCUCCUUUGACGACGUCAAGAUCCCCAAGGAAAACAUUGUCGGCGAAAUUGGCAAGGGGUACAAAAUCGCAAUCGAAAUCCUAAACGAAGGCCGAAUCGGUAUCGCCGCCCAGAUGGUCGGUAUCGCCCAAGGCGCGUUCGACCACGCCGUCACCUACGCCUACCAGCGAAAGCAAUUCGGCAAGUACAUUGGUGACUUUCAAAAGAUGGGCCACGACUUUGCCGAGGCGGCCAUCAAGAUUGAGGCGGCACGCUUGUUGACGUACAACGCUGCGAGGCUCAAGGAGGAGGGACGGCCAUUCACCCAGGAAGCAGCCAUGGCCAAGUGGUACGCCUCUACGAUUGCUGGCGAGGUGACUGGCGCGGCUAUCGAGUGGGCGGGCGGUGUUGGCUUUACUCGGGAUUUGCCACUGGAAAAGUACUGGCGAGACUCCAAGAUUGGGGCAAUCUACGAGGGGACCAGCAACAUCCAGCUCGAGACUAUUGCCAAGCUGCUCAGGAAGCAGUACAUUUCGUAG